UAGUGAAAUGUGUAAGUUCGACUAUUCAAAUGAAAUCAACAGACUUCAGCUUUUAGGCACUAGUAAUAUUAAUAUAAUAAAAACAUCUGAAACUUUUGUAGUUACCCCGGUAUGACACUCACAUAAUUUUUUAUUCUUAUCGUAUAUGUUAUCGUAACAAGGAUAACGUUUAAAACAAGCCCCAACCGAUAAAAUGAACACAGUUUAAAGUUGCUUGGUUGGAAUUCAACGUGUACAAGUUCGAUAGGUCAGUUCGAUUCCAAAGAUCGAAGGAGGUUAACCGUUUUAUUGUUUUCAACAUACGGGUUUCCGUUAGUUCGUUUCCGAAGAAAUCCUUUUAGUGAACGUAAUUUAACCGGCAGACAAGAUGAGUUUAAUGGAAGUUUUAGGAAAAAAAUAUAAGCUACAGCAAAGCGAGAAUUUCGAUGAGUAUAUGAAAGAAUUAGGUGUGGGUUUGGUCACUCGUAAAAUGGGCGGAGCAGUAUCACCCGUAGUUGAUUUGGUGAAAGAUGGUGAUCAAUACGUUCUAUCGUCCAAUUCGACAUUUAAGAACGUCGUUCUUAAGUUUACUCCUGGAGUGGAAUUUGAUCAAGAAACUCCAGACGGUCGUAAAGUAAAAUCCACAAUUACCAUUGAUGGGAACACCCUUCAUGAAGUCCAAAAGGACCCCAACGGUAAAGAUACAACCAUAGACAGGACUUUCACAGCCGAUGAAAUCAAAAUGGUUAUGUCCGUAAAUAAUGUCACCGCCACCAGAAUCUACAAAGCUCAAGCCUGAUGAAAACUGUUUUUUUGAAUAAAUUAUUAUAUUUUAAAAUGUUUUAUAGGCAUUGAUAAUUAACUGUACCAAUAUAAUUUUAUAUUUUUUAUUAUGCCAAUUUAAAUAAUGUAUUCAAUGCAUAUAAUCAUAAAAAUUAUAAUUAAAAA